UAUACCCCUAUUGUUGAAUAUAAUAUUUAUCUUAAUGGAAAAAGAGGAUUUAAAGGCCACACUCGAAAUAGAGAUUCCUUACAGCUACAUAAAGGACUAUAACCAGGGUUGAUCUAGUGGGCCCCAAACUAGCUGAGUGAGAUACUCCACAACAUUGAGGACUGGCAGUAAUGAGACCCAGCUCAAGAAAUUAAAAAUUGAAUUUAUCAACCCAGAUGAUAACUUUCCUCUCAUAUGGGACAUUAAAGAACGAGUUUUCCUAAAUUUCAGCAUACCAGUUGACUCCCAGUUAAUAUAUAACGGCUCUGGGAUUCAAGUCACGGACACUACACCAUUCAAUAAGUGAAAAGAAAUGCUCCAACCGUUCAGGCUUAAGAUAGCAACAGCUACGGUUAAGUUAUUGGUGUCUGUCUUCUCAGUAAAAUUAGACGGCUUAGAGAACUCCAAGCACAAGACUCCUACCUGCUCUUCUCUGAGGAUCAGCACUUAUGGGUCAUCUUCCGUCUACAAUUUAUGCAAAAUAAUCGAGAAAAAGUUUGGGCUCAAGGAGAAAUAAUUUGGUGCUUUAUUUCCUAAACAAGCAGCUUUGUCGAUCCAAAUCCCUCGUAGAGCACGGAAUCUACGAAGAAAGGGAGGAAGCUUACCGGAUUAAGGCCAUUGAAAAGGCCAAAGGUAAGGGGACAAAGAAAAUUUCCCUCGCUCUUGACCCUAAUUUUUACAAAAUCAACUCUGUGAGGAAGAAUAGCUUCAAAAGUUCUGCUCCUUGGUACUGUGAGGCCCAGAAUGGCCUCAACUGGAUCGCAUACUGUAAAAAUCUGGACUGUUACCUCUACAAACAAAUGGUUGUUUGUUCAAGAGGGUAUGGCACCUUCAGCUUCUCAGAUGAGAUCAAUAUAGUGUGUUGCCCUUCUUGCAAAAAGGCUAAAUCUCUUCUAAUAAAGAACAUUGGGUUUGUGAAAUGAUAUUACUCGAUCAACGGGUUGCUCAACAGCUCAGAAUCGUCCGUCUGCAAGCUCUCUGAUCGAACCUACGACAAGAAAAUGCACCUGUUCAAAGAGAUGGACCACAAAAAUGUCUGGAUCAACCUCACAGUCUCUGUAAAGAUGUUCUGUGAUGAAGAUGAUGUCCAAAUCAAUGAUUCUCAAGAUUACGUGCCGAGCCAGGACUAUAGUGUCGGCCUCAAUUCUAUCCAAGAGUCUGAGAAGUUUAUGAAAAAGGCUAAAGCUAAAAAAAAAUCCUCUAAUUAUUUUAGCCAGAGGUUGUCAGCUAUUGCUUCACAGAAAAUGAGGGAGUCGGAGCGGCUCUCUUCCUCAAUCCUCAACAAUUCUGUGUAUAUUGACAAUGGCACUGAGUAUGGCCAUGAUGGAUACUCAUGAAUUCCAUGCUUGAAGCCAUCCAAAAAGCAAUAUAUGCCCAAAAGCGUUAAUAACCCUAAACCCUCGGACCGAUCCAAAAGGAGAUUUGAUGCUAAUAAGUCUGUUGACUGACGAAUCAGCGAAAUAGAUGCAGGGUCUAUUAAAAAGUCUCGAUACCGAAGUAAGUCAAGGAUAAAAGAUAAGAAGCCGAUAGACAUCAGCUCUAGCUUCCUUAGCAGUCUUUAUUGAUGAAAUAAGAUUUUUAAAUAAGUAUAU